AUGGCCGCCCUUGCCCCACCAGAUCAGGUUGCUGACCUGCUACAAAAACUGACUUUGGAACCACAGGCGAAAACUCUGGAAAUUCCAAAGCCAACCAAAAAGCCAUCUGUUGAUUCUGGCAAUGGGACCAAUGGACAGGUUCACUCACGGGAUGGGGUAUUGACUCCCAUUCCAUCGGAUUUUAUUGAUCCAUCUACGUGCUAUCUUCCUUCUACUGCAUACUAUUAUGGGGGCUAUGAUGGGACUGGUAGUGAGUGGAAGGAUUAUGCACCAUAUGUUCCUGGAGGAAUUCCUGCUUCUGGUUAUCAGGACCAAAUAUUUUUAUUUGAUGGUUCACGGUCACCAAUUCCAUGGUCAGACGGUUCCUUCAUGUCAGAUGGGAAGCCUAGGCCAGUAAAUUGUUGA